AUGACUUUCAAGACAUCUUUUAUGCAGCCAUGGAGAGUGCAACCAUAGGUCACUGAAAUGUUGGUUUUAUCUCAAUCAUCCAUACAGCUAGACUGCUUGAUCUGUAUGCUCUCUGUACUAUCACAGUAGUGCAUGCAGUAGAAUGCCAGCAAUGAAGCAUGUGGGGGAUAGUAGCUGUUUAGAGCAAAGCCAAAACCACAUUUGCAGCAAUAACUUACAGAAUAAGUAGGAGAGAGUGCCUACUACUGUGCGCACAGACUUCUGCUUUGGCUGGACAGACAAUAACAUACUUUCUUAGACACUUGGUGUGGAAGCAGAGAAAGAUGCUGGGAUCUGACAGGGAAUCUGGGACAAAAGUUCGAUACAGACUGACUUUGGUUACAGGACUACUGGAGUGCCUAUUUUUUGCUGGAGUUGUGUUUGGGUGGGCUUCACUUGUAUUUGUCCUGAAGACAGAUGGAUACUUCAGUGAUCACUGUGUCAAUGAGACUAAAGCCAAUGACACAGGCUGCAGUGCUCAAGAUAAGCAGUUCUCACUUGUCUUCACAGUUGCUUCUUUUAUGAACAACUUUCUCACUUUACCCAAUGGCUUCGUCUUUGACCACCUUGGAACAAUGGCCACCAGAUUUCUGGCAAUAGUACUGUAUACUACAGGAACGUUGCUUGUGGCAUUGUGUAGUAAAGCUCUGGCAUUCCUGUUUUUCCCAGCUCUUUCAUUUAUCGCUGUGGGGGGUAUUUUGUUUCUUCUCACAAACAUACAGGUUGGGAACCUUUUUGGUACUCAUCGUUCCACCAUCAUUACUCUUUACAAUGGUGCCUUUGACUCUUCAUCUGCAAUUUUCCUGAUCAUCAAGGUGUUGUAUGAGAAAGGGAUCUCUCUUCGCACAUCUUUCCUCUUCCUCUGUGCCUGUAAUGUCAUUCAUCUUCUGCGGACGCUUUUCCUCAUGCCCAAAUCACAUGUCCCCUAUCCGGUCCCAAAGAACUACAAAUAUGGGAUCAGUUGUGGUAAAUCAGCCAGCUACAACAUGGAAGAGUGUGAGACACAACAAGAGCUGAACUAUUUCUCAGACAGCAAUAGGAAAGACAGAGACAGUGAGCCAUUUGAGACCAAUGACUCAUCUCAAAUGGAAAACCUUACAAAGAAAGGCAGCAGCUUUAAGAGCUGUGUUCUAUCCUGGUUCUUUCUCUGGCAUCUGACAUGGCUUUCAGUCAUGCAGCUGCGUCACUACCUCUUCAUUGGAACACUGAACCCCAUGCUUCAUCAAUUGGCAAAAAAUGACGCAACUCUUGUUAGCCAGUAUACCAAUGCAUUUGCCUUCACUCAGCUAAGUGGGAUUUUGUGUGCUCCCUGGAAUGGGCUUCUAAUGGACAGGCACAAGAGGAAAGCACUGAACCCAGGAGAGACAGAAAAAGAAGCAGACCUGCGCUCCUCCGUUCUAUCCCUCUUUCUCACCUCUCUUCAGUGCCUUCUGUUCUCCGUCUGUGCCUCUAUUCCUCUCCUCCCUCUCCAGUAUGCCACAUUCAUCCUACAAGUCCUAAAUCGCUCUUUUCUCUAUGGAGGGAAUGCUGCUUUCAUCAGCAUUGCGUUUCCUGCACAACAUUUUGGUAAGAUGUAUGGUCUGGUGAUGUCGCUGUCAGCGGUGGUGUCAUUGUUGCAGUACCCCUGUUUUGCUCUGGUAGAAGCUCUUGAAGGGAAUCCCUUCUAUGUGAACCUUAGUUUGACUAUCCUGACUUUACUGACUUUCAUCCAUCCUCUGAAUGUCUUCCUCCACUGCAGAAGACUGGCCAGUCAGAGAGGGAGCACACAGAGCAUAUGAAAUGAUGAAUCUUUGAAAAAAGAGGCUUCACUAUAGUGUCAUUGUGCUACUAUCAUUAUAUAAAUACAGUAUACUUGUGGGCAGGUUGAUGUUUAUAUAAAAUUAUUUUAAACAAUUUUUGAAUUCAAAAGCUGUUUUAAAGGUUUUAACUGUUUAUAAACUGCUGAAAUAUGACAUUUAAAGUAGGCUGAACUGUGGGAGCGAGUUUUUUUUUAAUUAUAUGAUGUAAUUUAAUUCAUAUGAUUUGUGACUUGUUGAAAUGUGUGAGGAAUAGUGAUUGUAUUAAAAUGCCUCUGCUGUAGCAACA